AAAAGCUUGAUCUCGAAUUAGAGGAGAUUAAGCGCUAUUCUCGUCAUCUUAUUCUGUCCCAGGUAGGAAUGGAAGGUCAACGGACGUUAAAGGCCAGUUCUGUAUUUUGCGUGGGCGCGGGCGGCUUAGGCUCUCCACUCCUGCUGUACCUUGCCGCCGCAGGAGUGGGCCGUCUGGGCAUCGUUGACGACGACACUGUAGAACUUUCAAAUCUGCAGCGGCAAGUCAUACACGGACAGGGCACUCUGGGGGAAGCUAAGGUGCGCUCCGCGGAGCGCCGAAUCAAGGAUGUAAAUCCCCACGUGCUGGUGGACGUGUACGAAGAGAAAAUGACGGCGGAGAACACGCUUCGAAUCCUGGCGCCCUAUGACGUAGUGGUCGAUGGGACGGACAAUUUUCCGACAAGGUACUUGAUCAAUGAUGCUUGUGUCAUUCUCGGAAAGCCACUCGUGUACGGGGCGAUUCUUCGCUUCGAAGGCCAAGCCUCUGUCUUCAACUACCGGGGGGGCCCGACCUAUCGCGACCUUCUGCCCGAACCCCCCGCUCCAGGGGACGUGCCUUCCUGCG